AUGCCGAAGAGAAAGAGAGCCGCCACUCCUGAGGAGCCCGUAGACAGCGAUGGCCCUAUCUUUUGGUACGGCGUUGAUCACAAGUACGGCGCGUUCAGUCAGUUCUUCCCAGCCACGUUCACCGUACCCAAGGCCGACAUCCUCAGAGUCGUGGGCCAUACAGUCCCAUCCCCAUCGGCAGAGCAGAAAGAAGAGCUCGUUACGUUCAAUAGGGCCGAGCAGUUCAUGAUGUACAGCAAAGCCAUUUGCUUCCAUGACCCCAAGUCUGCCGCACUCAUUCUACGAUCGCAGAGCCCGAAAGAGCAAAAAUCACUCGGCCGCAAGGUGGAGAACUUCACCGAUCAAAAAUGGAACGCGGUCAAGAGGCAAGUCGUCGAGCUCGGCAGCACCGCCAAGUUUGGCCAGAACGAGGAUUUGCGGGCGAUGCUGUUGGGGACAGGCGAUCGUGAAUUGAUUGAGGCAGCGCCGAGGGAUCGAGUAUGGGGAAUUGGCUUUGGGGAGAAGAGGGCGAGGACUAUGACGAGCCGUGAGAAAUGGGGGCAAAACUUGUUGGGGAAAGCUUUAGUGAAGGCCAGAGAGAAUCUGCGAAAGGGUGAGGAGGAAAGCAAACCUGAUGGAGAAUAG